AAAUUCACCAACAUGUAGAUUCAUUAUAGUGGAAUAUUUGGUUUUGUAAAUACAAAAACGUGUUUUCGUUGAUAAAUAGAUACAAGUUGAAAAUUUCCUAGUUUCCUAAAUUGAGGUGGAAAAACCCUGUAUACUUCGCAUCAAUAGAUUAUAUGCAACAGUGGGAACGUGUUUUGGUUAUUUUAGAAAAGUACCUCGCAAACGAGCGAGCUCGACACUACCUCUAAACACAAUUCAGCGAGUUCAAAAUUUUUAGUCUCACUUUAGAUACUGUAGGGUCAUCUUUAGUAAAUUGUGUAUAAUUCUCAAGAUAUUCAGGUGUCACAAAACAUGUUGUUUCAAUACAUCUUCUUAUCCACAUUCGUGCUUGGUAUACUUGGACAAAUAGUAUUCCCAGAAUUGCCCAGACAAACUAUAGACAGUGAUCAAACUGAGGAUAGAGUCCCCUUGUAUGCUCCAAAUCGAUGUCCAGAAAAUCAGCUUUAUUAUCCUGGGAAUCAAGCCCAUGACUGGAUAUGCGAUUGUGGACCUACUUACAUUUACUAUCCACCAAAAGAUUUUUGUUACCCAGCAUAUCGUCAAGGACCAUGCAAUAAUGGUGAACACCUGAUUAUACCCAAAAGAGAAAUAAUACCUAGGUGUGUCCCGAACCCUUGUAAGGAGGGCUUUGCCAGAUAUGGAGGAAAAUGCUAUGAAAUGGGACAACCAAACGGACCCUGUCGACCAAUCCAAGAAGGGGGAGGAAUAUUUGAUGUUAAUGCCACAACUCUGGUGGUGGAAUGCUUAAAAGGCACAGAUCGACUUUCUUUAUUCGACUUACCCAAGAUAUGUGGUCCUGGGAGCAAGAGAGAUAAAGAAGGAAGAUGUAAAUAAGCUUAUAUCUAAUUGUGCUACAAGUAUUAUUAAACAGAACGGUUUUAAGUAUUGAGGAUAUUUUUAAAAAUGAGUGAAAUUAUAUUUUAGUAAAAAUAAUUUUAAUGAACAUUUGCUUGAAUUGCAAAUAAUGAAAUUUGUUAGUACGAGGAUAGUCUCAGAAGUACCCUGCCCAACAGAGAAAACACAAAAAUUGUGGAAAAAAAUUUAUUGUCAACCAAUGUUUACAAAUUCACUGAAAACGUUUAUUUAUUGAUGGCUGCCAAACAAAUACUAAAAAACGUGGCGACUUCAAAUUUGAACCAUAUGCUGUGGGUAUACAUUGUGUUCUUUCUAAUACAGUUCAUAGUUAAUUGUGGGCGGUCAAAGGGUCGUUGGGCACAUAGACCUUCAGAUAUGCCCUUCGUGUCUCAUUUGCCAAUGUCCUUUGAGAAGCCGAUCAGGCGCUUUAACUUGAACCCUUUGAUGUCAUUAGGCAAGUUGUAAGGCUUGCCCAAGUGCUUGAGCCGCGCUCGUAUGAGUGCAGGGGACUCACAAAUGACGUGGUCUGGUUAAAAGUCCGGCCACUAGUUGGAGGUCCAUCUUUAUGUGCCUUCGCUCUUCUCAUGUUAGGUGUCUCUAUCCAUCUCUGCCGAACACGCUUUGCGAGUACACCGUCGAGAGAUGAGACAGCAACGCUCUUAGUCACACCAGGGAUGGAUUCUGGUCCCGUCGAUAAAUUCGCCGAUCCCAGUUUGGCGAGUGAGUCCGUCUCGUCAUUGUCUCUGUUGCUCGAGUGACAGGGCUUUCUAAUACAAUGGUAAUUUUCAAGCAACUACCGCUAUCUCUAGGUGAGGCCAGGUUCUUCUGGAACCAUACUCGUAUAAUACCAAUUAAAAAUUACCAAAAUAUUUCAAAAUUAUUAGAUUGACUUUUGAUGAUAAAUUAUAAAAAAAGCUUUCCUUUCGUUUAAUAUUAAUGACUAAUUGUAAAUAAAUUAUAUUUAUUGCCAUUAAAUAGAAUUAAUAAAACAUU